CGGGAUUGUAGCAAUACAACGCGACUUUGCAAUGGUCUUGGAAGCAUUGGGUGCGGCAGUGUCUGGGGCGGUCGCCAUGGGGACCAGCAAUUGGGAUAUGUGGGGAAUGACUUCAGGUCUUGCCACUUCUGGCCGUGGUGCGCAAGUUGACCAAGCAUUCCAGAGGAAACACGAUCGAAUAGAUUACAAGGUCCAGAGGCAAAGUCUGCACCGAGACGACAUCGCGGACUUGGUUCAACUGACCACAGGUCGGAUGGACAUGUACAACCUGGUGGGCGCUCUGUUGCUUACUUUUGCACUCCAGUGGAUCACCAGUAGUGACCUAGUUGUCGUUCCAGAUCUCGACAAUUGGCCAACUUGGUACUCGACAGUUUUUGUGGUCCAAUGCUUCUCUUCUGUUGGCUAUUUGCUCUUCUCCCUUUGGUUUGCAAUGCAUUGUUCGAUCACUGCGCAGGCGCUCGGUACGCGAAUGCGGCUGAACUUCACAAGGCUGUCGCUGCCUGACAACCGUGCGAUAUCCAAACUCAAGGUGCCCUUUUACGUACCUGGUGGAGCAUUGGAGAAGGUGCAGAAGACAUUCUUUGAGGGACAAGAUGUUGGCCUUCAGCUUCGGCAGGAGCUUCUGGAUGGGAUGGGAAAGUCUCAUCACGAUGACGCAGAGGAUGAAAGUGUGUCUACGUCCUCCGCCCAUCCUCUUCGUGAUCGCUUGCCAACGUAUGUGCCCAACGCAGAUUGGCAUUCGGAUCAUACGAAGGACGAUGAUGACACUGACUUUGAGAAGCACCUGCGUCGCUGGAUUUGUAUGCGCGGGCAUUGGCUAAGCUAUGAUGCCUAUUCGCGAGCUUGCAUGGUUGUGGGUAUGAAUCAGCUGCUGCAAGCGUUAGCGUACCAUGUUGUCGCUGCUUGCUGGAAGGUUUCAGCCAUCACAGCCAUUGCCUGCCUCAUUCUGGCAAAACUGUUGGCCAUGUGUGUCCUUCGCAUCGAUGUCGACUGCGCAAAACCUUACACUUGCCUUGGAAUUACCGUUCUGGGGAUGUUGGAAGUUGUUCCUCCAAUUUAUUCAACGAUUCUUCUCAUUAUUUACACGCCGGGUGUUGACUGGGAGGAUUGGGUUGAAGGAGUUUUGUCCAUGCCCAUCUUCCUCCUGCACUGCAUGUGGACCUUAUACUUGGCAUCGCAAUUGUCCCCAGCAGAUGGGCCUGUCUCCAAGCCGUUGGAGAAAGCUACCGGCUUUGAUACGGACUCCGAUUCAUCAAGCUGCCCAAGCGAAGAAUUGUCCAGGCAUGCUGAGAUGAUUGAGAAAGGCUCUUUCGGCAUGGGGCAACUACCAAGACGGUUUCAAGGUGCCAGAUGGCUUGACAUCAUUAGAUUGGAGAAACAUGUGCCGAAAGACGAGAUUGAGGAGGAGUGGGCUGGAGUUGAUCCGCUACCAGGCCGGGUCACGAUGCGCUUCACACUGGUUUUGGCGCUGAUUUGGUUCUGUGCCGGGAUCGCUCAUACCACAGGAGUGGCAACUGGUUGGGAUGUUGCCUUCAUCAUUCAAUGCGCUGGCGACAACUGCACAGGUCCCUACAACAGACCAGUCAUAUGGCCACAUGCACGGCCAAGACCCCCCCGCGUGAGAGCGAGAAGAUUGCGACAGUCGAAGCAGUUGCAGUAUGCCAAGCGCUCUCAGCGUCAACUUCUGUCGACGUGGCCUCAACCAGCCAGUUUUUUCCAGGUGAAUUCCCUGUACUGUGGCAGCAACUCGAGCGUCUUCCAGCUCUUCCUCCACAACGGUUUCGACAUGUUCGCUGCAAAGCGCGUUGCUGAUGAACUCCUGGGUCUUUCCAGGUUGGACAUUCCAGAUGGAAGAUCGACCGUGUUUUGUGGCGUUGACUGCUUCGCCCUGAUUGCCUCUGAUGAAAACAGUUCUUGGAGCUUGAGGCCUUUGAAUGGAGCAGAAGUGCCAAGGAAUUCGGCGAAUGCCUCCGUAGAACGUGUACAGCUCCCGACCUGGCGUCGCAUCUCAGCUGCUUGGCAAGGGCCGGAUCUGAUGCUGGCAGGAUGGGAUGGGAGCGGAAUCAUUACAGCAAGGCUGCAGAAGGACAGGCUUUCGGGAGCCUGGCAUCUUGAGCAAAGAUUCAAGGUGCAGCCCGGUGCAGGCCUGUGCUUUGCUAGCGGCCGGACUUGUGAAUGGCAUGCAAGUGAAAACUAUGAAGACGUACAAGCUGUACAGGUCGCUUUCGAAGGCAAAGCCCUUCUCGUGCUUCAUAGUGGCAGCCAUUUAGACUUCUGGGAUUUGCAGAAGGGCGCUUUGGUCGAACAGUUGGACCUUGGUGUCCCACACAGGUCAAUGUGCCAGAGUGAUUUGGAACUGUUCUUGGCUCGGCAGACCCCAGAGGGUCCCAUAGUGGAGCUUUUGUCACUGGCUGGUCUUGGAUUUCUUGGGCGACAAAGGUAGGACGGUAGGAUGAUGCGGCUGUCUUCUGCAUCACCUUCAUUCAAAGCCGAUUGCGUCAUGUUUUCCUUCCAUGUCAAUCAGGACUUCACUUUGAUUGACAUUCAAAUUCAACGUCGAUAUUUUUUGCCAAAAAGGACGGUUGGCCAAGUGCAAGAGUCGGCUGUUGAUUCCCAGGUCACCAGGGAAUCUGCUACCUGAGAAGUUCGAAAACUGAGCAGGUCUCAGGUGUAGAUAUCGAAUGCCGAGGGCUGAGGGAGGAAGUUGAUGGAGCUGAUGAGUGCGGUUGGCAAGAAGACAAAACAAA